AUUAUAAAUGCAAUAAGAGGAUAAUAAAAGAAAGGUUAGAUUUGAAGGCGAGGAAGAAGAAGAGAGAAGAGAUGAUGAUGAUAUUAAAAGGAAUCCAAAUAAUUAGAGAUGCCCAAUAAUUGGGGUAAAUGAUUAAUUUCUUGACCCUUGUAUUUAAUAAAAUUUAUGAAAGACGCUGUGAAAACAUCAUUAAAAGAAGAAGAAGCGUUAGAAUAAGAAAAUGAGAUAAUUCAAUUUACAAUAUCUGAAGGAAUAACUGCUGAGGAAUUGAUAUAAAAUUUAGAUAUUAGAUUAUAUCCAGAAAGAGAUCCAAUUAAGAAUAAUAAAUGUAUUAACAGGGUUAUAUUUUCUAGUUGUUCCAGCUGUUCUUUCUUUAAAGACUAAAAAAGUUUCUAAUAAAUUAGAUAGGCCCCCAAUAGAUUUAGUAUGCGUAGUUGAUGUUAGUGGGAGUAUGAUUGGUAGAAAAAUUAAUCUAGUGAAGGAUUCUUUAAGAUAUUUAAUGAAAAUAUUAGGUCCUGAAGAUAGAAUCUGUAUUAUUGUUUUUACCACUGUCGCACAUAUAGUUACUUCAUUUAUUAGAAAUACUCAAGAGAAUAAACCACUAUUAAAAAAAGCAAUACUUGAAUUAAAAGGAUUGGCAUCUACAAAUAUUAGUGAUGGAAUGAAUAAGGCUUUAUGGAUGUUAAAGAAUAGGAAAUAUAAAAACCCUAUUUCUUGCAUAUUUUUAUUAUCGGAUGGCUAAGAUGAUUAUAAAGGAGCCGAAUUGAGAGUUUUCGAUUAACUAGAAUUGUUGAAAAUAGAGGAGAAAUUUGUGAUUCAUACUUUUGGGUAUGGGUAGGAUCAUGACGCCUAUGUAAUGAAUCAAAUAGCAAAAUAUAGAGAAGGAAACUUUUAUUAUAUAGAUAACAUAAAUAAAGUAAAAUGAAUUGAUGAUUAUAAGGCUAGCGAUUAUUUUAUACUUGCAAUGAGCGGAAUGUUAUCUAUAUAUGCCUAAAAUGUUAGUAUUAAUUUGAAAUCUAAUGAGUGCGAAAUAGUUAAAGCUUUUGGCGAGGGAUAAGUGUGGUAUAAAUAAGACUAGAACAAUUAUAAGAUAUAAUUAAAUUAUUUAUUAGAAGGAGAAAGCAAGGAUUUUGUAUUUGAAUUAUUUGUAAAAGAAGAUUAUGUCUUAAAUCAUGUAAAUCUGUAAAUAGAAAUAAAUGGAUAAUUGCUUAAAUAAAAUUUAGAAUUUAGAAAGGAUUCUAAUUUUUAAAUUAAUGUAUCCUAGGAAAUAGAAGGCUAACUUAAUGAACAUGUGGAAAUCAAUUAUUAGAGAGCCAAAGCCGGACACGCAAUUGGAGAAGCAUGCCAUUAAGCAUAGCAAAAGCAGUAUUAACAGGCUUAAGAGUUGAUAGAACAUCAAAUUUAAUAAAUUAAACAAUCUCCUCAUCUUGAUAAUCUAGCAUUGAAGAUAGCUUUAGAGGACUUAGAAAAAUGUAAAAUGUAUUGUAAACCAAAAAUAUUUGAGAUGGAGGGGGAAGCAUUUCUAAUGAAAAAAGAAAGAAACCAUAUUGUUAGAUAAUCUUCUUUAAGUAAGUGUGAUAAUUUAUGCAAUUAGCUAAUCUUUGUGAUUGGAAUGAUGAUUAAUAAUAAAAUAUGGAGCAUUUAUAAAAUGGAGAUUUGCAGUUAAGUGCUGCUGGAAGUUUAAAGGGUUCAGACUCUGAAGUUUCCUCAUAGCCAGACAUUUAGAGGGAUAUAGAUUUUGAAAAUUUUGAUCCAAAAUUCAUCAUAAAAUAAUUGCUAAGAAUGAAACAAUUUAAAAAAGAAUAAUUAGAGUAGGAAGAUGAAGAAGAGGAUAAAAAAAUUGAAUUAUUAAAAGAAUAAUUUAUUUUAGAGUAAUAAGAAGAAUUCGAAGAAUAGGAAGGGGCGAAUUAGAGUUAAUGA